AGCAAAAUGGCGCCAGAACUAGUGGCGGGCUGAGGACGCUGGCUCCCCUCGAAGACGGUCCUGCGGUCCCCGGGCCGCCCCGGCCCCUCCCGGACAUGGAGGACGUGGAGGCGCGCUUCGCCCAUCUGCUGCAGCCCAUCCGCGACCUCACUAAGAACUGGGAGGUGGACGUGGCGGCCCAGCUGGGCGAGUAUCUAGAGGAGCUGGACCAGAUCUGCAUUUCUUUUGAUGAGGGGAAAACCACAAUGAACUUCAUUGAGGCAGCGCUGUUGAUCCAGGGGUCUGCCUGUGUCUACAGUAAGAAGGUGGAAUACCUCUACUCACUGGUCUACCAGGCUCUUGAUUUCAUCUCUGGCAAGAAGCGGGCCAAGCAGCUCUCCUCAGUGCGGGAAAAUGGGGCCAAUGGGGACACCAGCUCCACAGCUCCCCAGGAGGUGGAGGACCAGUUCCUGUCGUUGGAUGACCUCCCUGACUCCCGUGCUAAUGUGGAUCUGAGGAACGACCUGCCCCCCCGUGAGGUCCUCAUCGUCCCUCUUCUGCCCAUGGCCCUUGUGGCCCCUGAUGAGAUGGAGAAGAAUGCCAGCCCCCUGUACAGCUGUCAGGGGGAGGUCCUGGCCAGCCGGAAGGAUUUUAGGAUGAAUACGUGUACCCCCCACCCCAGAGGAGCCUUCAUGUUGGAGCCAGUGGGCAUCUCCCCCAUGGAGACACUGAUGCCGAGGAACCAGAAGGAGCCUGAGAGGGCUGAGGAGCAGCCAAUGGAAGUCUCUGUGUGCAGUCCUGUCCCUGUGGUCAACGUCUCCCAGGAGCCAGGUGCCUCUCCAGAAGGCCCAAUGCCUGGAGGUGGCAGUGAGGAUGAUGCAGAGGGGGCAGCAGAGCUCCCUGAAGCCACAGCCCCCGAGGGCCCUCAGGAACCCCAGGAACCCAGGAGCCCGCAGCAGGGUGCUGCCCAGCCUAGUCGGUGCGUGCUACGGGAGCGAGAGGAGCCAGUGCCCCUGAUGAAGGAGACUCCGGACCCCUGGCAGAGCCUGGACCCCUUUGACUCCCUGGACUCUAAGCCCUUCAAGAAAGGUAGGCCUUACUCCGUGCCCCCCUGCGUGGAGGAGGUUCCAGGACAGAAGCGCAAGAGGAAGGGUGCCACCAAGCUGCAGGACUUCCACCAGUGGUACCUGGCUGCCUUUGCUGACCACGCUGACAGCAGGAGGCCCCGGCGAAAGGGCCCGUCCUUUGCAGACAUGGAGGUCCUGUACUGGAAGCAUGUGAAGGAGCAAUUGGAGACUCUCCGGAAGCUGCAGAGGCGGGAGAUGGCCGAGCGGUGGCUGCCGAGGCCUGAGGAAGGGCUGUGGCCUGUGGAGGACCAGCUGGAGGACUCCCUGGAGGAUCUGGGGACAGCAGAUGACUUUCUAGAGCCUGAGGAGUAUGCAGAGCCUCAGGAGGCAAAGCCUGGGGAAGCUGCAGACCUGGAGGCCAUGCCAGUGUCCCUGAGCUAUGAGGAGCUGGUCCGAAGGAAUGUGGAGCUCUUCAUCGCCACCUCUCAGAAGUUCGUCCAGGAGACAGAGCUGAGCCAGCGCAUCAGAGACUGGGAGGACACUAUCCAGCCCCUGCUCCAAGAGCAGGAACAGCAUGUGCCCUUUGACAUCCAUACUUACGGGGACCAGGUAGUCUCAAGGUUCAGCCAGCUCAACCAGUGGUGUCCCUUUGCGGAGCUAGUUGCUGGCCAACCUGCCUUCGAGGUGUGUCGUUCCAUGCUGGCGUCCCUGCAGCUGGCCAACGACUACACCGUGGAGAUCACCCAGCAGCCGGGGCUGGAGGCGGCCGUGGACACCAUGUCCCUGAGACUACUCACGCACCAGCGGGCCCACAAGCGCUUCCAGACCUAUGCUGCCCCCUCCAUGGCCCAGCCCUGA